CUUCAGUAUUACUCAGCUGCACAGAGAUUGUUGAAAAAUAUUCGCAAGUCCCGAGAUCUAUGCAUUAAUAUGUUGAAGAUUUCGGCGGAUUUUCCUGAUGUUUCCCUUUAGAUUUCUACGGAGACGUUGGGUAUUGGCAGUAAUAUUCCUUCUUUCAUUUACAUACUAUUUAUAUGAGACGUUGAAUCAGGUCCCACUCACCAUCUCGGACCAGUUCCAGGAUGUGGUCCCCACGCCGCAACAGAUAGCAUUAAGGACCAGGACCAGCGAAAAACUCAAAUUCAAUCUUACAUCCUGUAGAAAUUCACGCCAGGGAAAAAUAUUUGUUGUUGAUGAAAAAGGAUAUGUUUGUUCAUGGAAAGAUUUGCUAGCUAAUGGUUGCUGUAACCCUGAGGCUAAAUCCAGCUCAAUACACAACUGUAACGGGUGCUCAAAGAAUGGAUGCUGUGUUAAUUAUGAGCGUUGUGUUUCGUGUUGUAUGCAUCCAGAAAAGGAACAUGUUUUACAGGACAUGUUGGGGAAGGCCAGUCACACAUUCCGGUUAUUAUUUCAGUCAGUAGCUGAUCAUUUUGAGCUCUGCCUAACAAAAUGUCGUACCUCAUCUCAGAGUGUCCAGCAUGAGAACACAUACAGAGACCCAGAUGCCAAGCACUGCUAUGGGGAAACUCAACCAGAACUCAAGCUCAACUCAUGACCUCUGCUUGACCUUCUGACCUUUGACAUCAAGGUGACUGAACCUUCAGGGAUAUUGUUUAAUAUGAAAAAAAGAAGAUUAGUUUACAAAUGUAUUCAUUGCUAUGGAAAUCCAUCCAAAGGAGGGGAUUAAAAUGACAGAAUAUGCCCCCCCCCCCCUCGAAUGUCCCUUUAUUCAUUCUUGUGUAUUAGGGAUUAUGAAGUCAUAGGACUCAACAAGUUGUUUUACAGUAAUAUUUGGUCUUUUAAAAAAAAGAAAAAACUAGAUUAAAUAUUGCUUCAUAAUUUUUACUUGGGAGAAUGAUUCUUAAAAAACAAUUUCAAAAUAUGACAUUUUCAGUGUCAUUGUCAGCUUCACAGAUAUACAUGUGUGUACAGGUAGAUAUUUUUAAAAAAUCAGAGAAAUAGUCAUCAAAACUUUUCCCUCAGAGCUUUUAUUUCGAAACAUGAUUCUUGCCAUUUGUAGUUUCCAUUUGAUUUCAAUCAAUACAUUUGUGAACUAGUUUCCUGUUUGUGUUCAAAAAGUUUUAAUUGCCAAAUCUUUUUAACUAAGUGUGCUUUUGAUAUACUUCACUUUCUUGACUAACAUGUUUGUAUCAUUUCAUUCAUGACUGUAUUUACUCCUUGGGACCAUAAGUUUAUUUUUAUUAUUGUUAUUCUGAAGAUCUUGAAUUAUAAGAAUUAACAUACAGAAACUAUUAUUUCAGUAUUUGAAUGUUGUUUGGAUAGUCUAACUCAUACAUGAAUUCUGUUGUUAACAGUGUUAACAUAAUUAUGGAGUUUAUAUUCACCAAAUUUUUGCACACGUACAUGUAGGUAAACAAAACAAACAAAAACAUAACAAAAUAUGUGGCUAUCAAGAUGAUACUUACAGAAUAUGAAUCAUUUUCCAUAUUAUGAAGUGAAACUACAUUACUGACCUCUGCCCUGUAUUUUACUUAUUUUUUACUGCACAGUUUAAGUGCAAUUGUUAAGCAGUAUUCUUUAUCAGUCAUGUCUGUAGAAUUUUGUCACUCCUCAUGCAUGCUUUUCAUUUGUGUGUUUGGUUUCCUGUUGCUGAGUGGUUGUUUGCUGUAUGGGGUAUAUCUGGAAUUGCAAAUAUCUUGAAACUAAUAUGGCUGGGAAAUUUUGCUCUCCCAAAGUAUUCUGCAUCUAUCAUUAAAAUCAAAGAAGAUUGUUCAUGUCAGGCACAAGAUUUUAAUUUCUAUAACCAUAUAUAUUUUCUAUAUACUGUUCAAAUUUCUAUAUGUAAUGCUUUUUCAGAUGUUCUCAUAGAACUCCAUAAUGGAAUGGCUUUCACAAAAUGUCAUUAAGAUUUGUUUUAACAUGAAGUCCUUCAUUAUCGCAAUUCAAAAAAUUAUAAUUUUCUCAUGGCAUCAUUUAUUUUCUUUUUAGGUGCAAAGAAAUUUCCCCAUAAAUUACAAAUUGGGUGAAUGAAAUGAUGUACCGAGUACAAUGACCAUUUAGAAACAUAAACAAUAUAUCAAAGCUGAAUAUAGAAAAGAUAUAUGGUAGUUGUGCUGAAGUAGAGCCUUUGUACUCACUGAUAUCUGUUUCACUCAGCCUCAUGAGUAGUUUAAUUUGAUUAAAUAGGUAAAUACCAUUAACACAUGCUUAGCAUUAUAUGGUCCGAAUCUCACUGACGGAAACAAUACUUUGAUUUGUGGUAGGUCAACUUACAUAGAUAUAUAGACUUACUAUACACUGAUUUAUGCUAUAUAGUCUAAAAUUGAAAUGUAAAGGAACACUUUGAACAAUAAUUCAAUUUUAUUUUGGGAAACACUAGAAAUUUAUUCACACCAAAAUAGAAUAUUCAAAUUGUACUUUUUGUACAUGUAUAUUCUUUUCCCUUUUUUUUUUGUUGGGGGUAUAAUUUUUUUUUAAAUAUUCACUUUACUGGUGACAUAUAAGCCAUAUGUAGAUCAUACUUUCAAGGAAAUGUACACAUGGAUCAAAAUAUUUUGCCUGUAUACAUGUAGGUACUCUUGACGUACAUGUAACUCUGACUUCUCUAAAUAUCUUUUAAAAUAUUUAUUAUUAAUUGCGAUUUAUAUGUGUUCUUGUAAAUACAUGUACAUGUAGAACAUUGGUGAGUCUUGGAUGACCCUAAUGAUUAUUGUAAAUAUUGUAAAUAAACAUUGUCUAGCCAGAUAUAAGAUAUAAAGCUUAAUUUUGCACUUGUAGAAUUCUUUUCAUCAUAGUUGAGAUAUACUCUUGGCUAAUCACUCUUUUCCUUUAAACUUGUUUAUGGACCAACUGCAUGUACUUUGAGAUCUAGAUGUAUCGUGUAUAUUGCCAAAUCAUAGAGCUCAAGAUUUGCUGUAAUAUGCUAAUGAAGUAUAGGCCUACCAUGUUUGUGAAAAAGCAACAUUUAUACAUAAUAAGUAACCAUUAUUCAUGUAACUUCCCAUCAUCAACAUGAAACUAUCAUUUUAAUUUUCUAUCAGACUCCCUCAAAGAAUCUCUCAACAAAAAUUAGCACUUAAGAGCUUUGUAGUCUUACAGCUUAAGUCUAAUUUCAUGCAUAAAUUAACAUAAUGAUCAAGUUUGAAUAAUUUUUUAUUCAUUUUGGAACAUUAAUGUAUACAAUUUUGUAGGUUAAUCAUUGGUGACUUGUGUGUCAAUUUCCAGCCUCCAAAAUACCUCAGUCUUGUCAUAGUUAAUUUUAUCAAUCCAAACGAGUUCAACAAUUAAUGUUCAUAUGUCUAUGUGUUUUCAACUUCUGUGUAUUCUUUCUUCAUUGGAUGUAUACUAAUUUAAUGCAUCAGCUUAGGUUGCUUGUUUUUAUUUUCUUUACCAAAAUACGAUGGCCCUUAUUCUGACUCUACAUGUAUUUAUAAUUAAACUGUGGUCUAAAGUUGCAGUUUAACUAUGGAGAGCCAAUUGUGACACAAAUCUUCAAAACCUCAAUUCAAUUCAUCAGCUCACUUGACAGUCAAGUUAUUCACUAAGGUCUUGGAAUGGUGACUUAAAAAACACAGUUUUCUCACCCAUCAAAGCAUGGGGAGAGAAGAAAUCACAUGCCAGAAAUAUAGCAAUUUAAACAGAAGUUGGACAUUUUCAGCUUACCAUAAUUUUAGCAUAAUAGAGUUAAACUGUGGCUUGAAUUAAACUGGUCUUCAGAAAACAGGCCAUAAUGAUUAUGAAUAACUAUUACUUCAUUUGUUAAAAUGAUUGCUUUCACAUUUUCUCAAGGUCAUGUAGAUUUUGAAUUUAAGUUUUGAUUAUAAGAGAAAAGUAAUGAAUAUUACUUGCAGAUCAUGAAUAGAUGAAAUAAUCUCACAGAUUUUAUCCAACAGUAAUCCUGGUGAAAAAAACAAAUACUGUCUUUUUACUUACACAUGCUGUUAUUCCACUAGUCAAAAAUAAAUCAUUUGUGACAACUA